CUGUGACGUAACAUAAAAGUGGUGCUACGCAUCUGCUUGUUUGUGGAAGAAUAAAGCUGGAAUAGAGUGAACAGUUUUACUAUGUCUUAUGCAUAUUUGUUCAAAUAUAUAAUUAUUGGAGACACAGGUGUGGGGAAAUCAUGCCUUCUCCUCCAAUUUACUGACAAAAGAUUUCAACCAGUUCAUGACUUAACUAUUGCAAUGCUGAAAAUGUACUCUUGUGAAACUUUUCAGGCUGGUCAGGAAGCAUUCCGAUCCAUCACUCGCUCAUACUAUAGGGGAGCAGCAGGUGCACUACUAGUGUAUGACAUUACGAGGCGAGAUACUUUCAAUCAUCUAACUACAUGGCUGGAGGAUGCUCGCCAACAUUCAAACUCCAAUAUGGUUAUAAUGCUCAUUGGAAAUAAAAGUGACUUAGAAUCAAGGAGAGAGGUAAAGAAAGAAGAAGGAGAAGCAUUUGCUAGGGAACAUGGUCUAAUUUUUAUGGAAACGUCUGCUAAAACUGCAGCCAAUGUUGAAGAGGCUUUCAUCAACACUGCUAAAGAAAUAUAUGAGAAGAUACAGGAGGGAGUUUUUGAUAUAAAUAAUGAGGCUAACGGGAUAAAGAUUGGGCCUCAGCAUUCUCCAACAAGUUCAAACCUGCCAUCUGGUGGACAAUAUCCUAGUUCCAGUCAGGGUGGAGGGUGCUGUUGAGAUGUAUAAGGUGUAAUGAGAAGAUAAUGUCGAGAACUGACGUAUUUGUAAUUUUGGUGUUGUCACCAGGUUUUCACCUUAUGUUUUACAAUCCCCAUUAUAUCCUCACAAAAGCAUAGUUUUUUGUUGUUGUUUUUUUUUCACUUCCUCCCAUUUUCAAACCGUUCAUAGCUUGUAUUUUGUUAAA